AUGACCGAACGACUGACCCUGAUGGCGGUGCAUGCCCAUCCGGACGACGAAUGCAUGAGUACCGGCGGCAGCUUGGCUCGCUACCGCGAGGAGGGCGUACACACCAUCCUGGUCACCGCGACGCGGGGCGAGGAGGGCGAGAUCGUGGACCCGGAAAUGGACCCCGACGAGGUGCGGCCGAAACUCGCCGACGUGCGCGUGGCGGAACUCGAAAAGGCGUGCCAGCACCUGCAGAUCGGGGAGUUGCACCUGCUCAACUACCGCGAUUCCGGCAUGGCCGGAACGCCGGCCAACGACCACCCCGACUGUUUCCACCAGGCCGACCUGCACGAGGCAACCGGACGGCUGGUGCGCCUGAUGCGGCAGUGCCGCCCGCACGUGGUGACCUGCUACAACGAGAACGGCGGCUACGGGCAUCCGGAUCACAUUCAAGUCAACCGCACGACCGUCGCGGCCUUUCAUGCUGCCGGGGACCCCGCGCAAUACCCCGAGGACGGGCUGGCGCCGUGGCAGCCGCAGAAGCUUUAUUACACGUCCUACCCGCGUUCCUACAUCCUGAUGCGCUACGAGGUCAUGCGCUCGAUGGGUGUCGAGUCGCCGAUGGACCGGCCGGAUUUCGAUCCGAACAAGGUGGGCGGCACAGCGGACGAAGAAAUCACGACGCGUAUCGAGGUGCGCGACUAUCUCGCGCUCAAGACGGAGGCGUUGCGCUGCCACCGCAGCCAGAUCGCGCCGAAUUGGUGGUUCAGGCGCAUUCCGCCCGAGGUGCAGCGCGAGAAAUUCGCCCACGAGUGCUUCGUCUGCGUGGCGUCGCACGUGCCGCACAGCAGCCCCGAAUGGGACCUGUUCGCCGGUCUGCGCGAGCCUGCUGGCGUAGCUGCGUCGUAA